CCUGAUCUCUGAUGCCAUGACAACCAUGUGGACUAGUGAAAAGGGGGCCCCAGAUUGUCCUUAGCAGGCCCCCUUGCAUCGUGCCAAGCUGCCUGCGGCCAGGAAUGUGUGCGAGAGACCGCCGAAACUAACCGGUGACUAAGAUGGUUAAUUUGUCCUCUCCAGAAACACUAAUGACCUGAUUCUCCAAAAACUGAUGAGUUUUCCAUUCCCCGCCCGGGGGUCAGCAGCCAAUGGCUUGUCAGAGAGCUAUUUAAGAAGCGGACAGUUCAAGGUGGUUCAGAUAUCAGCGCUCUAUGCGCACCAGGACGCACCCUCCGAGCAGGAACCUGUACACUCUUCUCUUUGAGUCCGUUCAUUAUUACAACGUUUUCUACAAAGGGACAAAGCUGUGAAAGAAAUGAAAUCGUGGCGAGUCCGGUUGCUGUUCAUUCUGGUAUUGAACGCAGCUGUGCAGUAUGUGACGUCCCUGGAGGAAGAGCACUCCAAUUAUAUUUCUGGUGGCUUCCUUGACCCUCUGAAAGACUUGUUUGACUUCAAAGAUGACAAAAAUCAAAGUAUUGCCAAAUUCUCCCUCCGCAAACCAUCCCAUCCUGAAGACGACCUGUGUUACAUCGUUCCUGGUCAACCUGACUCCCUGGCUGCCUGCACCUUCAACAGCACUGCAAAAACCUUCUUGGUGAUCCAUGGAUGGACGGUUAGUGGUUUGUUUGAAAGCUGGGUGGCUAAGCUAGUGUCAGCGCUGUACGAGAGAGAGCAGACCGCUAAUGUGAUCGUGGUGGACUGGCUCUAUUCAGCACAGAACCAUUAUGGGGUGGCAGCUCAGAACACCAAAGCAGUGGGACACGAGGUCGCCCGCUUCAUCGACUGGAUCGAGGAAACCGCCAACAUGCCUCUCGAGAACCUCCACCUGAUUGGCUACAGCCUCGGGGCUCAUGUUGCAGGAUUUGCUGGAAGCCAUGCAACAAAUAAAGUUGGAAGAAUAACUGGUCUGGACCCUGCCGGUCCCGACUUUGAGGGUGAGCAUGCCUAUGGGCGUCUUUCCCCAGAUGAUGCUCACUUUGUUGAUGUCCUACACACCUUCACCAGGGGCAGGCUAGGUUUCAGCAUCGGGAUCCAGCAGCCUGUAGGCCAUGUUGACAUUUACCCCAAUGGAGGUAGCUUCCAGCCAGGCUGCAACCUCAGAGGGGCCCUGGAAAAGAUUGCUAACUUUGGGAUUCUUGCAAUCACUGAUGCUGUUAAGUGUGAACAUGAGCGCUCGGUCCACCUCUUCAUCGACUCUCUGCUGAACGAGCAGGAAGCAGGAAAGGCGUACAGAUGCAGCAACAGUGACACAUUCAACCGUGGCAUGUGUCUCAGCUGCCAUAAAAGCCGCUGUAACACAGUCGGCUAUGACAUCAGCAAGACUCGCAGGCCUCGCAACGUCCAGAUGUUCACCAAUACGCGAGCAUCCAUGCCGUUUAGAGUGUACCACUAUCAGCUGAAGAUCCACUUCCUCAGUAACAUGAAUCGUUCAGACAUGGAGCCUUCACUCACAGUCUCACUGUACGGGACAAAAGCAGAGGCUGAAAACCUGGAGCUCAAACUAAAAGAGAAAAUAGCAGUGAACAAGACCCAUUCGUUCCUGCUGGCGACAGAGAAAGACAUCGGAGAUCUGUUGAUGGUGAAGUUUAAAUGGGAGGACACAAAUGGAUGGUCAGCCUCCAGCAUGAUGAAGAUGGUCUCUUCUUUGUGGUCCAGUGACUCGGAGAGUGCUAAUGUACAGGUUCACAAAAUCCGCAUUCGAGCGGGAGAGACUCAACAAAAGAUGGUGUUUUGUGUGAAAGAUCCUGAAACUCAAGACGUAACACAAGAGGUCACAUUUGUUAAAUGUAAGGAUGCAUGGAGGACAAACUCAAAACGAUCUCCAAAAAGAUUCACCUUGCAGAACCGCUGACUUUCAAGACAAAGCUCUAACAUUGAAAGCCCUUCGGUCCAUGUCAGCACUUCAUAAAUAACUUAUAAACAUAUAACUUAUUUUAUUUUGUCAAUAACACAAAAGUCUCAGAAGAGUGUUUGUUAUUUAAAACAAUAUGUAUGUGAAUAAUGUAAAAUAUUUUGUAAUAAGCCGUUUUUAUUACAUGUAAAUGUAACUUUGAUGUUGUACAAAAAAGUAUUUUUUUUUUAAAUCUUUGGUACAUGUUUUGUGUUCAAAGAAGUGGAUACUGUUUAAGCUCUCAAAUAUGACAAUUACUUUAAUGGUUUAGAGGGUAGUGUAGGUAGUUCCAAAGUAUUUCAAGUCAAAUUUUAUAGUCAUAGAAACCACUGUGAAAAAACAAUGUCCUCUUGGAGGUCUGCAGAUUUUUAAAAAAAGAGACAGAAAUGGCCAUCAACAUGAAUGUCAUUAGUUGUUUUACACAGCUGGGUGCAGUUUGUUAUUUACUUGUAUGUAUUUUCUAACUGAUCCAUAACCUAACCUAACAGAGCAUUCACCACUGUGGCUCUCAGCACUGUAUGUGACUGUAGGAUCUGUACCACUGUGCCUUACUGUUGCCAGAAGUAAGCUGUUGCAAACUGAGCUUGAGUCUGACCUUUGUGCCUUGUUGUUGUUGUUUUGCUCACGUGUGCUUUAAUUUUGUUGUUCCUCAAACCCUGUGACUUUUAAACCAUCUGAACAUGCUUAAAUUGUUGUUUUAAACAAUUUUGCAUUAUUUUGAUUUUACUUCUGAACCACUGCAACAUGAAGUGUUACUUGGAAGCUGUUACCUCUAACAUAUUGUCUAUCAUGGUUCUAUAAAUGUAACUGAACUAAAUGAGGUACAUGAUGCUCAUGGUGAGGAGUACAGCACAGUUUAAUGUUGGCAUUUUGUUGCACUGUCUAUGUUGAGUCUCUCUUGGCUGCAAUUUUCUGUUCAUGUGACUUUUUGAGUCUCUAAUGCUCUUUAACCACACUUACGUUUCCAGUUCUGUGAGCAAUGGCUUAGCCAUGGCUCUUUGGAGAUCGGUACUGUAAUCAUUGUGACUUUAGAAAUGUGGAAAUGUUCUUUUUUUUUUUGCACUGAAAACAGGAGAAGAGAAUGCUGAACUGAGUUACUUGUACAGUUUUGUAAAUACCAAAAUACAGAUAACUGAUUUUUCUAGUAUGACGCACAGUUAGCUCUAUAUUUUUAAACUCUUAAAUGCUUAGUCCUGUAAUCUUUGUAAAAUUUGUAAAUAUUCACUGUACUGUAUACAUUUCUCUAAUAAACCAAAAUCGAGGAUA